CGCAGCAUGGAGCCGCCGGCCGUGCCGGAGGAGGAGGAGGAGGAGGAGGAGGAGGAGGAGGGGGCGGUUCCCCUCUCCGUGGCGCCCGGCCCCGUGGGUUGCCAGCUCUUUGGAUACGUGGGAAUCGAAGCCGUGCUCGACCAGAUGAAAAUCAAAACCAUGAAGACAGGCUUUGAGUUCAACAUCAUGGUUGUGGGGCAGAGCGGGCUGGGGAAGUCCACGAUGGUAAACACCCUCUUCAAGUCCAAGGUGAGCCGCAAAUCCUCACAGCCGGGCCAGGAGGAACGUAUUCCCAAAACGGUGCAGCUCCAGUCCAUCACCCAUGUCAUCGAGGAGAAGGGGGUGAAGAUGAAGCUGACGGUGACCGACACACCAGGGUUCGGGGACCAGAUCAACAACGAGAACUGCUGGGACCCCAUCAUCAAAUACAUCAACGAGCAGUACGAGAGAUACCUGCGGGAGGAGAUCCUCAUCACCCGCAAGAGGAAGAUCCCAGACACUCGGGUCCACGGAUGUGUCUACUUUGUCCCCCCCACAGGUCACUGGCUGCGCCCGCUGGACCUGGAGUUCAUGCGGCGGCUCAGCAAGAUCGUCAACGUGGUGCCGGUGAUCGCCAAAGCCGACACGCUCACCCUGGAGGAACGGGCGGAAUUCAAGCAGCGGAUCCAGGAGGACCUGAAGACCCACGCCAUCAGCGUGUACCCGCAGGAGGACUUCGACCAGGACCCUGAAGACAGGGCGCUGAACGACAGGAUUCGUGAGAAGAUUCCCUUUGCCGUGGUGGGGGCAGACCAGGAGCACCAGGUGAACGGCAAACGGGUGCUGGGCCGCAAGACCAAGUGGGGCAUCAUUGAAGUGGAGAACCCAGCACACUGCGAGUUCCCCCUCCUGCGGGACCUGCUUAUCCGGUCGCACCUGCAGGACCUGAAGGACAUCACCCACAACGUCCACUACGAGAGUUACCGCGUGCGGCGGCUGAACGAGAGCAACCGGCCGGGGCUGGGCCCCCUCAACGGUCUGCCCGGCAAGGGCGAGGCCAGCAGCCACCUCUGAGCCACCUUGUGCCCCCCAAGAUCACCACCGGACCCCAUGGCAGCGCCCACCCCUGCCCACCACGGCUGUGCCAGGAACCUGCCCGGGGCGAAGAGCCGCCCCAGGAGUGCCCAGCUGCCCUGACGUGGGUCCCUCAUCCCCCAAGCUCUGCCGUGGCACAGACCCCCGGACCCUGUGUGACAUUAAAGGUUAAUCCAGA